ACCGCCGCGCGGUAUAUACUUAAUCUGUACGCCGAUCUAAUUUUUCUAAAAUCCGUCGGAUUUUAUCGAAUUGUAUUGUACUACGUUGUCCCAGUGCGUGUCGUCGACCAGUUCGUGUCUACACGUGCGUUGAGCGAACUUUGGAAACACCCUCGCAACGAGGAAGAGAGUACCUCGGUAGGGAUCAUUUCCGGCCAGAUUCGAGUUCUGCCGAUCCCUCGAAUGUUCCUGUACACAAGAUGACGGUGCUUCACUUCCGCCGAUCGGGUACUUUUGUUCGGGUCACAUCGCGCGCAGUGAUCGUUUUUUCCUGCCUAUACAGGAGCGAAGCUCGAGGGUGUAGUCCAUAGACGUCGAGGAAAAAAGGCCGAAUGGUCCGGGGCGAGCGCUGUCAGUACUACAGGGCCGACAUGGCCGCCGAUCUCUACCCCAACGGUUUGCUUAAGGGCGCUACUGCUGCCAACACGAGCACCGAUCCGAGAUCUGCAGGGGCCGACUUGAGGGACCAGUGGAAAGCCAAUGAUGCGGCUGACACCGAGGCUCAUCAUGCCGGGCAUCAGCAGCAAGACGAGGAGCAGUCCUUGCGAUUCCAAGACAACAGGUUCUUCACGACCCUCGUUCUUGGCAGAAACAGAAAAGUCUCCCCGGACAUCCUGCCCUCCUGCUCGCAGGGCGUGUUCCGCCAGCGCGCGUCUCUCUCGACGGCGACGACCAGUUUGCCGAUUUCUCCGGGUCCCAACAGUGCGACGUCGAAGCACCAGUCGACGACGGGACGCAAAACGACGCAGCAGCUCCUCGCCGCGUCCAAGAGUACCUUAAAAACAUCCUUGGCCGCGCUCUUGGCCGAUAACAAUCUGCCCGGGGUCAAGGCCGUGCGCAGAUCCACCUCGGAUCGGCACUCGUCGAAGCAGCAGCCACAGCAGCACUCGUCGCGUAGCAGUAGCGGUGGCAUUACAAGCGGCGGCGGCAGCAGCGCCUCGUCCUCUUCGUCGACUACGUCGACGCAGCAGCAGCAGCAGCUUCGGCAAGGCAGCUUCGGCCGGCGUUCGCGUUUCGCAUUGGCCAGCAAAAUGGCGGCCGCGACGAGCAGCAGCAGUGCAGGUAGCGCGACGAUGACGACGUCGUCGACGGCCCAGCCACCGGUGCUUCAAGGCUGGCCGAACUCCAAGGACGAUUACGAGCUGCGAGACGUGAUCGGUGUUGGAGCAACAGCAAUAGUUCAUGCUGCAUAUUGUAUACCCAGGAACGAAAAAUGUGCUAUAAAAAGAAUCAACUUAGAAAAAUGGAACACAAGCAUGGACGAGUUAUUGAAAGAGAUCCAGGCAAUGUCAUCCUGCAAUCACGAAAACGUCGUAACUUAUUACACAUCAUUUGUUGUAAAAGAGGAACUGUGGCUUGUACUGAGAUUACUUGAAGGUGGAUCUCUACUGGAUAUCAUCAAACAUAAAAUGAGAACAACGAAUUGUAAGCACGGUGUUUUUGACGAAGCAACAAUAGCAACUGUACUUCGAGAAGUACUCAAAGGUCUUGAGUAUUUCCACAGUAAUGGCCAGAUACACAGGGAUAUCAAAGCAGGAAACAUAUUACUUGGAGAAGAUGGGACGGUACAGAUCGCUGACUUUGGAGUGAGUGCGUGGUUGGCAACUGGACGUGACCUCAGUAGGCAAAAGGUUCGGCACACAUUCGUCGGUACGCCUUGCUGGAUGGCGCCUGAGGUCAUGGAGCAGGUGAGAGAGGAUCAUGGUUACGACUUCAAAGCUGACAUUUGGUCAUUGGGUAUCACUGCCAUAGAGAUGGCUAGUGGAACGGCUCCAUACCACAAGUUUCCACCUAUGAAAGUGCUUAUGCUCACACUUCAAAAUGACCCACCCACUCUAGACACUGCUGCCGACGAUAAAGAUCAAUACAAGGCAUAUGGCAAGACCUUCAGAAAAAUGAUCGUUGAUUGCUUGCAGAAAGACCCAACGAAAAGACCAACAGCGACUGAACUUUUAAAGCAUCCGUUCUUUAAGAAAGCAAAAGACAAGAAGUAUUUGCAACAAACACUCGUAGCCAUUGGACCUAGUUUAGAAACGCGAGUUCAAAAGGCUUCAAAAAGACAACCUGGGACCUCUGGACGACUGCAUCGAACAGUAACGGGUGAAUGGGUUUGGUCAUCAGAAGAAGAAAGCGGUGCUUCUAGUGGUGAAGAAGGCAAAGAAGCUCUGCCCAUCAAUAGAAUCGAACGUGAUAGUAGUGAUGAUGAGGGCCAAGAUGACGAUUAUUAUGAUAAUAAAAAUGCAACCAGUCGCAUACCAGUUGACAAAAAUGUUCCUAUGAACUUAGUCCUCAGACUUCGUAAUCAGAAACGUGAGCUCAAUGACAUCAGAUUUGAGUUCGCCGAGUCUGUUGAUUCAGCUGAAGGUAUAGCAUCUGAACUAGUUGGUGCUGGUCUUGUUGAUGGCAAGGACAUUGUUGUGAUUGCGGCUAAUCUCCAAAAAUUGAUCAACAGUGCGGGACAAAUACGAACAGUUACAUUCCCACUGAAUUCAGGACACGCAGCAAAUGAAAUGCCGGAUGACAAAGCGUUGAUUGGAUUUGCUCAGAUUUCAAUCACAGAUUAAGUGUUCUUUUAAAUGUUUCUAUUAUACGUUCGUUUAAGAACGUCAUCUUACUGCAGUGAAGUGAAAGAGUGUCACCUCUUUUUUUAACUCUCGUCUGUGACUAUGUAUCGAAUCAAAGUAUUACGAGCCAACAAUUAAUAAGUGCUAAGUUCGUCGAUUCUCGAACAACUUAAUUCGAUAUUCACAAUUUAUACUUUAUUCUAUUUAUGUGGAAGGAAUCGAUGUUGAUAUUUUUUAAACUCUUACAAGAGUUAUGUAUAAGAACUUUUGUCAUCUGAUAUUAGAUUUAAAAGUUAUGCGAUGAAAUGCAUUGCAACUUAUAAAUUUAUGUGCUAUUUUUUCUCUUACAUUGAUUUAAAUAUUUUGUCGUCUCUCAAUAGUCUCAAUCGUGUAAAUAUUAGUGAUAAAGAAAAUGGUCUAGCUUUUUGCUUCUUAUAAUCAAAUAUAAAUCGUCAUAAGAAAGAAAUAAUAUUAUAACCAUUAUUCAAGCUUUGAUAAUGCGCAACAGUUACACUGAUAAUACAACCUUUUGCGACGUUUUCCGAGUGAUAAAUCUUGCGUUCUCCUCACUGACCAACUCGGCUUUCGCCAGAGUCUAUGCUAUUAAAUGCUAGUAGUACCACUUUUGAUAAUCAGAUUUGUAUGAUUAUGGCUAAAAAAUAUUUUGUUAAAAGUUGCGUCUAUACACAUUAAAGAUUGUGCCAUCACAAUAUAUAUGCACGAUAAUAUUACUUAAAAAAUACUUACGUUACCAACGUUGUCGAAUAUCAAGUGGUAAAGGAACACCGUUCAAGUUUCUCUUUUGCCAAGUGUUGGCGUCUUGACUCAUCGACGCUGA